GCAGCCCUGUGUGACGUAAGUCCCGAGGCAUAGUGGAAGCAUUGCUCUGUGGCUACUAAAACUUGCUUAGCUGUCCUGCUGCGUAUUUUGUACACAUUUAUUUAGCGAUACAAAGACAGUUUAUUGGAACUUCUGUCAGCUUUAGCCGAAUGCCCGUUUGCAGGGACAUACACUUAGGUUAGACACAUUAUUUUAACAACUGCGCGAUAGGACGUUAACAGUUUCACUCUUGAAAAGACAACACAAAGAAAAUGCGGUCGAUUAGUGUUGAGUAAAUUAUAAAUGAUUUUUCUUUUUCAUAUAGAAGCUUUCAAAUUCAAUUUCCUGGUACAAACUAAACUGCAACAAUUUUUGACCCAGGAUUUUCCAGACCUGUUUUUUUUUUUUAAUGUUAGGGCUAAUUGUAAAAUAGUACCAAGCUAUUUAUGAUCGAGUUUUUUUUUUAAUAUGUUUUCAAUGACACCAGCCAUGAAAAGAAACUCCUCUAAAUUUAAAAGUAGCUAACGAGCAGGCUGUCGUAGCUCGAGAGGGGCUAGGUAGCGCAUGAGCUAUCACCUUUUUUCCGACUUCGGCAGCUGUUUUUUCCUCCUUUCUUUUCUUCUUCUUGUAACCAACGUGUGUGUGAUUUGUGAGUUGACUCUGAAAGGUAAAUAAUCUUGUACAUAAAGGAGCGCUGUGAGUGCUCAGGCGUGGUUAUCCAAGCUAAUAUGCUAGCGGGGCUACUGCUAACAUAGCUAGCUAGCCUCCCGUGGUGUUGUGGGUUGGGUGGCAUCGACACGGACAAUGGCAGUGCCCUCGACCGAAGCGGUGUUCUUGAUUAAAGACGUCAAGCCCGGCUUGAAAAACCUCAAUAUUGUAUUCAUCGUGUUGGAAAUAGGACGAGUGACCAAGACAAAAGAUGGUCAUGAAGUGCGAUCCUGCAAGGUGGCGGAUAAGAGUGGCAGUAUCGCCAUCUCCGUUUGGGACGAACUGGGCAGUCUCAUUCAGCCCGGUGACAUCAUCAAACUCACCAGAGGAUACGCAUCUAUAUGGAAAGGCUGCCUGACACUUUACACUGGAAGGGGUGGAGAUUUGCAGAAGAUUGGAGAAUUUUGCAUGGUGUAUUCGGAAGUGCCCAAUUUCAGCGAGGCAAAUCCAGAACUGCUGGCUCAGACAAACCAGCAAAACAAAUCGGGCAAACCUGACCAGAAUCAGAGGGGAAACUCUCCACCCAAUCAAAAUUCAGGUACACCACCUGCACCAGGUAACGGCUCCAUGGCACAGUUUUCCCCCAACAACAGUGGCGGUCCUGCACUGGGCGGGGCCCGUGACUCUGCGUUUGGGAGACCAAAUGGCCGCUCACCUGGCAACGGAGCGACGCCAUCAUCUGCCGCCGGACCCCCGUCUGCUGCGGCCAAAUCUUCAGUUAACAUUAGCAACGGCAGGGAUCCGCGACGUGCCAAAAGAUGAAAGGGGGUGGGCUAGGGAGGACAUCAUUCAACAUCAACUUAACUUCAGUUCAACUCAAAUGACUGCUGUCAGUCCAGUCACAUGUAGAGUAGCUCCGUAAUUCUCUACUACAGAUGAGAAUGCCUCCUUAAUUGCUCAGACUGCUGCGGUUUCACUGUUGAAUCCUCCAAUCUACUCAAGCCCCCUGUAGGAACCCAGUAAAUUUUAAUAUCCCUGUAAAAUUCUGGCAUAUUCUACAGCCUACAUGAAUGCUUGGUGGACUUCCUUCUCAGGUGAAGAAAAAAAUGUCCAUAGUCAAUAAACUGAAAUUAUGUGUCAA